AAUCUUUCUUCUCUUCAACGGAGCCCUCUCGUUGGUGAUUGUCGUGUCGGUGGAUUGGAAUGUACGUAUGACGAGCUCUCUACCUCCGUUUGUUGUUUCUUUUCGUUUGAUCUGAGAAUUCACUUCGUUUCAUUGCCUUGGGUUUUCUCGCGAUCUGAUCUAUUCGGCUGGUCACCUGGUCAGCGGAAUUUUACAUCGUCCCGAUUCGGUCGAACGAUGAAGCUUGGGAAGAUAUCUUCAGCUGCUGAUGGGAUGAUGCAUCACAGACGUUCCUGUAUCUCUAAUCCAUAGCCAGGCGCUCAAUUCAGACUUGAAUUAUCACGCAACAGCAGGUUCCAAACCGUCACAACCACAAGCUCUCGAUCGACGGCGUUUCGAAUAACGAAAACCAUCGUCAUGGCUGAAGAGGAAUUCGAGAUCGACGUUUAUGGCGAUUCUGCCCAUGAUCAUGGCGACCAGGACCAUGGCAACCAGAAUCACAACAACGAUGGCCAGAACCAUGGCGAUGACCACGGCUAUGGGGACGAGGGCAAUGCCCAGAACACAAAUGGUGACAACCACGAUCAUGAUGACUACCACGAAGACCACGGAGACAAUAACAUGGAUGACGCCGGCGCCGAACGGACCGAGUCUCACAGCCCCGCCCCCCAGCGCCAGCAGGGCGUGAAGCGCAAGGAAGGUUCUGAUGAGCGACCCGUUGACCCCGGCGCUACUACGGCGCUCAUGGUUUCGGAGCUCAACUGGUGGAACACUGACGAUGACAUUCGCGGCUGGGUGCGCCAAGUUGGCUGUGAGAACGAACUCAAGGACAUCACCUUCAGCGAACACAAGAUUAACGGCAAGAGCAAGGGCCAAGCCUAUGUCGAGUUCACCUCUCAGCAGGCCGCCACCGCUACCAAGCACCAUGUCGACUCCCUGACCAACGAGUACAGCCAGCCCGGCCAAAAGAGGCACACAGUAAUCUACUCGGCCCCCACUCAUAACCCGUUCCGCACCCUGCCCAAGGACGCUCCGAACCGGGCCGCCAAGGACGGCCAAGGUCGCGCGGCCUCCGGGUCUGGUUACAACGACCGUGGCGGUAAUUACGGCGGCAACAGCAACUUUAGUGGCGGUUUCCGCGGCGGUCGCGGUGGUUUCAACGGCCCUCGCGGCGGCGGCGGCGGCGGCAUGAACCCGGGCGGCUUCAACCGCAACUUUUCGGGCGGAAACAUGAAUUCCUUCAACGCCAAUAACAUGGGCUUCAGCAACCCCAUGGGCGGCGGCGGCGGUUUCGGUGGCGGCUUCAACCGCGGUGGCAUGAUGGGCGGCGGUGGUAUGCGUGGCGGUGGUAUGCGCGGCGGCCGCGGCGGUGGCAUGAACAUGAUGGGUGGCAUGCCCAUGCCCGGCGGUAUGCCCAUGGGCGGCAUGGGUGGCCCGAUGGGUGGCAUGGGGAUGAUGGGCGCCGGCAUGGGCGCCGGCAUGCCCGGCUUCCAAGGCAUGCCGCAGGGCUUUAACCCGGCCUUCUUCGGCGCUGGCGGCGCCAACCAGCAGUCUACCGAGUGGCAGAACCCGCACGGCGCCAAGCGAGCUCGAGGCGAGUAGAGCAACGCCUGGAUCGCUCGGCGCUAAGUCCGGGGCACUUGCCACUCGACUUACGUAGAACUGCCCGACCUACCUAGUUUUUAUCUGACUUACUUUACCUCCCGGGCCAUGCGAUAUACGGCACGCCGUCUUGCAAGGUCCGGUUGAGACCAUGAGGCAGUCUAGAGAUUGGGUUUGGAUGACGCCUCAUCUGCCGGUUUGUAUGAUUUGGGUGGGGACGGAAAACCGG